AAAAAGCAAACAAGUUGAAAAAGUAGAAAAAGAAAAGAUGAACAUACAGCACAUGAAAAACAAAUAGAAAAAAAAAAACAAUAACCUGGUGGCAUAAGUUUACACACCCUUCUAUAAUGGGUCAUGUGACUGUGCUCAGAAUGAACCAAUCACAUUCAACCUCAUGUUCAAAAGUAAUUAUCAUCCAGCCGUCAUCACUGAAAUUAUUCUGAUUAACUCUAAAUAAAGAUCAGAUGUUUCUGUACGAUCUUCUUCACAUCUUCUUGGUUUCAUCCGACUGCUGAAUCCAAAGAGUUUACAAAGCCUGUAAAGGAUCUCACUGUGGAAAGGAAUCGAUCAGGAGAGCGGUACAGAAGAAUUUCCAAAACAUUAGAUGCACCAUGGAACACCGUGAAGACCAUCAUCAACAAGUGGAGAAAAUGGAGCGCCACAGUGACAUCACCAAGAACAGGACGUCCCUCCAAAAUCGACGAAAGGAGAAGAAGAAAUCUUAUCAGGGAGGCUGCUGAGGGACCUACAGUAACAUUAAAGCAGCUGCAGGAACAUCUGGUGAGUACGGGUCACUCCCUGCAUGAGAUACAAUCUCUCGUGUUCUGCACAUGUCUGGGCGGCUAGACAGAAGCACUUUCUCAUAAAAAAAAACAUCCAAGCCCUAAAUCUCCCCAAACCAUGUGGCGAAAUGUUUUCUGAUCUGAUGAGACUAAGGUAGAACUAUUCAGAUAUAAUUCUAAAAGAUGUGUUUGGUGCAAAAACAAGACAGCUCAUCACCCAGAGAACACCACACCCACGGUGAAGCAUGGUGGUGGCGGCAUCAUUCUGUGGUUCUGCUUCUCUUCAGCUGGGACUGAGGCUCUGGUCCAGAUGGAGGGAAUCAUGGAUCGCUCCAAAUAACAAUCUGUUUUAGCACAAUAGCUGCAGGAUUCUGUUAGACAGCUGAAGAUGAAGAAACAUUUCACCUUCCAGCACGAUAACGACCCGAAGCUCUAAUCCAAGUCAACAAAGGAACGGCUUCAGAAGAAGAAGAUCAGCGGUUUGUUAUGGUCCAGUCAGAUCUACAUCCUACUGAAAACCUGUGGAAUGAGGUGAAGAGGGCUGUGUGCAGGAGAUCCGCUCGCUAUCUGAUAGAUGUGGAGCGUUUUUGUAAGGAAGAGUGGAAUAAAAUGAGCAGAUGAAGAAGAGCUGAGUGUGUAGACUCUCACCCAAAAACACCGAGUGCUGAACUACAGCCAAAAGCUGCUUUAAUAAAGUGUCAGUUACAGGGGCGUGUAAACUUAUGCAACCAGGUUAUUGUACAUUUUUUCUUCUUUUUUCCUGUAAAAUGUUUUUGUUUGUUUUUCACUUGAAUUUUGUUGAAAGAAAGAAAGAAAGAAAGAAAGAAAGUAAGAAUAGAACGUGACCUCACACUCUUUACUGUAACUCACACACUCUGGUAGCUUCGUCACAUUCCACACUGAGGCAACACUGAACAUAAACACACACGCCUGAGUGUGUGUGUGUGUGUGUGUGUGUGUGUGUGUGUGUGUGUGUAUAUAUAUGUGUGUGUGUGUGAAGGGCCGCUAUUCAAAAUCAGAAGGAUGGUGCCGCCUCUGCAGAACGUUCUGGAACAUCUGACCUUAUUCUGAUCUUCACAUGAAGUAGUGAGAACACACACACACACACACACACACACACACACACACGCACACACGCGCACACACACACACGCGCGCACACACACUAUAACUCUACACACUCUCAUUUAGUGAAGCAGAAGGUAAACUCGGUCUUCUCUGAGAGCUUCCUGGAAAAAAGUCCAUGUGUUUUAAUGAAUUUAAAACAUUUUUAAUAUUUUUUAAAAUUUCUUUUGCAGUUUUUUUCUUUCUGUUUAUCGACAUUAGCGACUAAAAUUAAAUCGACAGUUUUUUCAGGUAUGUCUGUGUUUUAAAGUUCUUUUUGCGAAGCAUGGAAGACUCCAGCGCGCUGCUCCGGCUCCUCUGCUCUGUCGCCAUUGUGACCUCAGUGACCUCAGUGACCUCAGCGACCUCAGUGACCUCUGACCCUCUGGGAUGCUGUGAGGAUUUUCAUCAGCAGCAGGAGACGCUGAAGGAAAGAAUAAAGAGACACGAAUCUCAGUCCGUCUCUGAUUUCAUGCAGCACCAACAUCCAGAUCCCACAAACCAGGAGUUUAACGCAGAACCGCCUCCUACAGGCCUGGAGUUAGAGCUCGGCUCAGGUUUAGACUCUGAAAGCGAAGAAGAUGUGAAGAAAGACGAGACUGAUAUCAUUCCUGCUGAGACAGACGGCGUGCCCAGGACAAACACGACCUCGCUGCGUCACCAGAACAGCCAAGCGCUUGAAUGUGCUUGGGUCAAAGGUCAACCCCUGGCGGAACACUUGGUUCCUCCACAACCAUCGGCGUCAUCUAUAAUUUCUGAAGAGGAAAGUUCAGAUCGGAGCUCAAUUUCAGCAGCUCCGUGCAGCGAUGCCGUGAUUCACGAAAGUGUGACAGCAAAGAACAUCUCAUCAGCCGCUGCCAUGGAAACCGGCGAUGACAUCACUCCGGCUAAUAAAGGUAUGCCAUCAGAGGCCGUGCAGCCAAGUACAGACGAGAUGGAUGAGAAAAUAUCUCACCAGCCAGACAUGGCAUCACCAAAAGGGGAGAAGAUCAUAGAAGAAGAGAUUAAAAGAAAUGAGAGUUUUAUGUUAGCAGAACCGAAAAGUUGCGACCCGAGUCCUGAAGUCUGUCCCACCAGAACCGGAGGAGAACCAGCCACGCCCACACUGAGAGAUCAGCAUCUCAUUGGUUCACCUGGAAAUACAGGACUGCAGGGACAUCAGGGUCCUCCUGGUCUGCCUGGAGCUCCAGGACCAAAAGGAGAAAAGGGCUUUGCAGGAAUGAUGGGUCGUACAGGACGCACAGGUUACCGAGGGCCCAUUGGUCCGCCCGGCAUUCCUGCCAUCAUCGUGUGGACGACAUCGGAGGAAGAAUGGCAAGAGUUUAAGAAGAGUAAACUCUACAAAAAGCUCAUGGCGUCAUGGCCGAGACAGAAAGGACGACCAGGACCACUGGGGCGACCCGGAGAUCCCGGUCCACCUGGCCGUCUAGGAGUUCCAGGGAAACAGGGCAAGAAAGGAGUCGCAGGGCCGAUUGGGAGAGCAGGACCACCUGGGAUGCCUGGACCUCCUGGAAGACCAGGCCAAGAUGGCACACCAGGAAGAGCCGGAGAAACGGGCCAAUCGGGACCACGAGGGGAAAACGGUCCGCAGGGAUACAGAGGAGAGCGAGGCAGUAAAGGGGAGCCGGGUGAGUGGGGUUACACUGGAGAACGCGGACCUCAGGGCCAGAAAGGCAGGAAAGGAGAGAAGGGAAAUAAAGGCGAAGCUGGCCUGACUGGAAUCACUGGCUAUGUUGGGCCACCUGGACCUCGAGGACAGCGGGGGAUUAUGGGAGCACCUGGUCAUCCUGGAGAACCUGGAUGGCCCGGGUUUACAGGAGCUCCAGGUCCAACAGGUCGUAUGGGGCCGAGAGGUGCAAAGGGCUUGAGUGGAGUUAAAGGACCUCCUGGUCAGCCUGGUGAGAUCGGCGCGAGAGGAGAGGUCGGGAAACCAGGAGAUCCAGGUUCUGAUGGCAUUACCGGAUUUCACGGAGACGGCGGGCCGCAGGGUAAACCAGGGCGAGAUGGACCUCCAGGUCCCAAAGGAGAUCCUGGACAGAUUGGAAAUGAAGGAGCUAUUGGAGACCCGGGACCACCAGGACCACCAGGUGCUGCUGGAAAAGCGGGAAAACCAGGACCCUCAGGUGAUCCAGGUGUGAAAGCUGAGCGAGGAGAUAAAGGAGAUCCCGGUGAAAAAGGAGAACAAGGUUCUCCAGGACCUCCUGGUUCUCCCGGGUUCCGUGGUCGAGCAGGUCGUUCAGGUGUUCAGGGAGAACCCGGGCCGAGUGGAUCCACUGGAUCACCAGGACCACAAGGUUUGGAAGGAGGUGCUGGAGAUCAGGGCAAACAAGGCAAAGACGGCCCCAAGGGGGAACGAGGUCCUGAUGGUAUAACUGGAGUUCCGGGACCAAGAGGUGAUAAGGGUCGGCCGGGACGAGGUGGAUUCACUGGUCUGCCAGGACCUUUGGGGCAAAUGGGAAAAUCAGGAGAGCGAGGACCUGAAGGAGAGCCUGGUAUCAAGGGUAGAGCAGGAUUUCCAGGAGGACCUGGAGCGAAAGGCCUGAAGGGACUGCAGGGUUUUCCAGGGAUUCAAGGGCAGGAUGGAAUUCACGGUUCUCCAGGACUGACAGGAGCACUAGGAGCAAAUGGAGACAUAGGUUCUUCAGGACCCAGGGGUUUCCAGGGAAAGCCUGGUGCUCCUGGUGUACAAGGUCCUGUUGGAAAAAGUGGAGAUCCAGGAAGUAGGGGAAUUGCUGGCAAACCUGGAAAGCCUGGAGUGAUGGGAAUCAAAGGCACUGAGGGUCCAAAGGGGCUUCCUGGCAGUCCAGGGCAGAAGGGAGUUCGAGGACAUGAAGGUCCUAAAGGAAAACCUGGACGUCCAGGAGCUCGAGGUCUGCCGGGAGUAAAGGGUUACAGAGGACCUGCAGGUGUACAGGGGAAUAUGGGUGUGUGGGGUAAGAUCGGCCUCCAGGGGUCACCAGGAGAUCAAGGGCCUCAAGGACCAGCUGGACCUGUAGGGGUGCCCGGAUAUCCGGGCAAAGAUGGACCAGUAGGAGCUUUCGGACCUCAAGGAGAAACAGGAGAUAAGGGAGUAACAGGAGCAGAGGGAGUGGAGGGAGUGUCAGGUGUCGAUGGUGAGGAGGGCGCGGUUGGAAUCAUCGGCUCAGUCGGGCCUCUGGGAUUUAAAGGACCACCGGGUGAAAAGGGAAGUCCUGGAUUCCCUGGAGUUCCUGGAUUAAAAGGUGUCAGAGGAGAAAGAGGGCAUCGAGGACCAGCGGGAAUAAAAGGCACGCCUGGACGAGAAGGACAGAGUGGCCUUCAAGGGCAAUCGGGAGAGCAGGGACCCCCUGGAGAAAAGGGUCAGUCUGGUUCCAGAGGACGUCCGGGUUCAGCGGGUAAAUAUGGACCAGGCGGUAAAACCGGACCCGAUGGUGCAAAGGGUGAUAAAGGUGAACAGGGACUUACUGGCGAGAGCGGGAUCCUGGGGCCUCCAGGUCCUGCAGGUGCAUCAGGAUUAUCAGGUUUAAUCGGAAACAGAGGUCUUGCUGGAAGAAAUGGACGCCAGGGGCUGAAAGGAGAUUUUGGUGAACGAGGGAAACCUGGAGCGCAGGGGGAACCAGGACCAGCAGGUAUUGAAGGGUUGAGAGGAAAGAAAGGAGAGACUGGAGAACGAGGCAAAUAUGGACCUGUGGGACCCCUGGGUCCUAAAGGGCCUCCUGGAGAAAAAGGCACACCAGGACCUGCUGGACCGCCAGGUAACACGGGGGUCAAAGGUCACCCAGGACCAAAGGGGGAAAUGGGACUUCCUGGAAACAGAGGCAGCAAAGGCAUGGCUGGAAAACCGGGAGUUCAAGGCUUGAACGGAAAACGUGGCUCUCGUGGGAAUCCAGGGAAACCAGGUCUCAGUGGCACUGAUGGUUUACUGGGAGUUCAAGGCAAUGAGGGAGAUCCGGGUGACAGAGGACGUAGAGGACCCCCGGGAAGACCAGGAAAGCCUGGCAGACCAGGUCCAGCAGGAGUUCCUGGGUUUCAGGGGAAACGAGGAGUGACUGGGUUAAAGGGUUCCUCUGGAGAAACGGGAGAACCUGGACCUCCUGGACCUGUCGGUCCAAGCGGGAUUCCUGGACUUAGUGGUGAAAAGGGACACUUCGGUCUUCCAGGACAAAAGGGAAUUUCUGGUAUCCCGGGAAUCCCAGGAGCUGUCGGAACACCAGGACCGAAGGGAAAAGAAGGUGUUGCAGGACCUAAAGGCCAGGCAGGUCCAAAAGGUGCACAGGGUGAUGCAGGUCCUCGUGGUCCUCCAGGUCAGCCCGGCCUUCCUGGUCUUCCUGGCAUUUUAGGGAAGAAGGGACUGAAGGGUGUGCGAGGAUCCUCAGGGCCGAAAGGACAGACAGGACAAAGAGGAGAGCCGGGGAAACCAGGACUUCCUGGACCUCGAAAAACAAAACAAAGCACCACCGAGACGACUCGAAGCGGAUCACAAAAUACAACCAAAUUAAAAUCUCACAGAAGCCAGAGAUCUCAAAACUCUGCUCACGAGAACGCAGACGCAGAAGAUCAGCCUCGAGGAACUAAAGAGCGUCCGGCGUCUACUUGCAGAGAGCUCGCACUCGAUCAUCCUCACCUCCAAGACGGAUUUUACUACGUGGAUCCGAAUCACGGCUCUCCUUUUGAUGCGCUGCAGGUUUUCUGUAAUUUUACAGCCGGUGGACAAACCUGUGUCUCUCCUGUCCAAUCACAGUUUGUAGGAACGCGGCGUGUGUCGACGGGAAACACAUCACAGAGGUUUAGUGAAGUGCAGAGCGACUCCAGGGUUGAAUAUUCGCAGCUCGACGUUGUUCAGCUGAGGUUUCUGCGUCUGCACAGUGAUUCUGUUACACAGACCCUCGUCGUGUCCCGAUCCGCUGCUCCACGGCUCACUGCAGCAGAUUUACAUUUUCUGGGAGAUUCUGGAAGUGAAAUCCGUUUUUCCGAUGCUGCUGAACGGAGGAACGGCUGUGAGGUCCAGAUAAGAUUUUCAGGAAAAGGAGAAAAGAUGAAUCUGCUUCCCAUCAGAGAUCUGCGUUUAUCAGAAGCAGAAAAACAGCAAGAAACAAACUUCAGAGCUGAAAUUGGACCUCUGUGCUUUUUAUAGCGCCAUCCAGAGGCACUGAGGAGACACUGCACUUACAAUUAAAAAGAGUUUGAGGCUCAUAGAAAAAAAACACAGUUCCUCUCAGUCUGAAAUAUAAAUCAUAUAAAUGUAAAUAAUGCUUGCUGUAAAAUACGGUUAAUCUCACUGAAUGAAUUUUAUUCUACGUUUUUUUACACUUUGUUUCUGGAUGGAAUCGGAGUCUGACAGCGGAGAGAAAAUCGGUUAAAGAGCACAAAUAUUCUUUUAUUAUUUAUUUUUGUGUAAAAGCUUUUUAGCACAGUAAUGAAAUAUCAGAAUGAAAUUUUGUUAUUUUGUAAAGUUUUGUUUUCACAAAUAAUAAAAAAAAUCUUGUUUUGUGUAAAAGAAAUGAGAAAUAAAUAAAGUUUGGAUCACACAA